AUGUUUUUUUCUGCAAAGCCAAGGCAGUGCGACUGCAGCCCUUGCCAAGAAUACCCAGAGGAAGAUUUCAGUCCCGAUCCCUGCUUCGACAAGUGCAUCGUCACGGGAGACCCUCACGUGGAGCACAGCUGGCGUCCAGGAUUUGAGAACGGAUUCGACUUCCAGCCUCAAGGCAUCUGGCGCCUGGCCAAGACGGACACCUGCGGCGGCACAGUGGAGGUCCAGGCCUUCUUCUGCCACUACUUCUUCACCAGACUGAGCAGUGCCAUUGCCUACGCGAUCACCAUCAACGGUAACGACAAGUACAUCAUCAAAAGGGUCGGGGAUGAGUUUCAGGUGGGCAGUCCCGACGUGCGGGGCUUCAACGUCAGCUUCGAAGGUGACCCAGUGUCCGGGCGACUCCUGGUCAGUGACGACAAAUGCGUGCGCAUCAAGAUGAACACCGUGCCCCUUUAUGACCGUCGGACGAGGUUCCUGGAUAACCCCUACCUGAACAAUAUCUUCAUGAACAUCUGGGGCUGUGCAACGACGGAGGAAGGCAUCUGCGGCGCUCCGAAGCUCUCGAAGGAAUGGAUCGACCCUGAGAGUGACGAGAAUCUUUUCAAGACCGAUGACCAGCCGGAUCUUUGGAAAGACCUCUGCGAGUUCUGCCAGGAGGGAGGCCAAGCCACCACACCACCGGGCUGCCCAGCACCACCGGGUGGAGAGGAGCCCGGCCAGCCUGGCUGCGAGUUCCUCAGGCCCUAUGGCAGCAUUUGGGACAAGGAGUGCGUGCCUCAGCCGGGCGAUUCGGCCAACAACGCCCUCCUCGAAGAACUUCAAGACGGUGGCGACAACUGCGUGGCCUUCGCUCGCCUGAACAACGGCCCGAAGUUCCCGGGAAGAACCUGCAGAGACUGGUGCCAGGACCGCGGCGCGGAGUGCGUGACAGUCCGGGACGACAUUGCUACAGGGAAGUUCCCUACCGAGGACAACAGCAACGCCUGCCAACUGACUGAGGCUGACCACCCCAACAACUUCAUCGGAGGAGACCCAGAGCGACCCAAGACCUGUGAUACGGUCAGCAGGGACACGCAUUGCGUGUGUAAGAAGCCCGACAACCCGGCGCCAGGAGAGUCAGUGGAGAAGACUUGCUUGGAAGCCCGGGAUGAAGCCGGAUUUAACUUCUCGCACUUGGAUGCGGCAGACCUCUGCCGAAGGGAGGCUAUGUGGUUCCAGCGUGUGACCUACCCACGGAACACCGAACAGACCACCUUCGAGCAACGUCUUCUACUGUACUGCGCCCAGGACGUCUGCGCCACGGACCCGGAAGAUAGGCGCAAGGGGGACGACGAUGAUGGAAGCACUCGACGCCGCAAGGUUGACGACAUCGGUGACGACGAUGUGCCGGACGAUGGGUGCGUGGACAAGCCAUACAUGUGCAACAUGCUCUGCACUGGGAUGAAGCUGGAGGGUCGAGAGCUCUCGUCGUGCAAGCACAGAUGCACAUCGAAGUUUACCAGCCAGAUCAAGCCCGGAUUGGACCACUACUGCAAGGAGUGCAAGCACUACUGCGAGCACCCUCCUCCGGCGACAACCACCACCACGACAACAACCACCACUGCGAUCAACAACGAGUGCAAGUUCUUCACGACCACCACCACCACCCAUCCGCCAUACCCCACGACCACCUACCCCAAAGACGACGACCGUCGCCGCAAGGGCGACGAUGAUGGAAGAAUCAGUGAAGAUCAGCAUGGUAACAUGAUUGCAACUUCAGUCUGGUACCGCUGCCGUGUGAACACAGAAGCCGUUUUCUGCUACUCCGACUGCUCUGUCGGCUCCGGCAGCCCAGCGCAGGGCGCGGUCAUCGCCGCCCUGGCAGGCCGGAGACGGAGAGAGCGAGGGAGCGAGCAAGAGCGAGCAAGAGCGAGCAAGAAAGCUCUGCCGGAGGGGCAGAGAGAAAGGCACGGCGAGGGUGGGAAGCCUCGUCCUGGCCCUCAGCCGCCGAGCGCCCGGCAGACGCUGCUCCUCGGCAGUGCUAAAGGCACCAACUGA